AAUCAGGAAUCUACUGGAUUCUAAUAUGGCCGAGUUAUGUCUCAAGGAGGGGAUGUUUAUUUUGGUUUUCUCUCUGGUGUUCACCUGCAGCGCUGCGCAGCGGGACUACUUUGUCCCCAACGCCGAGUACCUGACGUGGUACGAGGCCAGGAGCUACUGCCAGGUCCAUUUCAAAGAGCUGGCGACGGUGACCCCUGAAAACAUCAAAACCAUCACCCUGAACCUCUCCUCCGCCAGCUGGAUCGGCCUCCGCAGGAACUUCUCCGACGCCGUCAGCUCCAGCGCGUUCUGGUCCCGCUGGGCCGACGGGGAGCUCCUCCUCUUCCAGAACUGGUACCCCGGCUCGCCUGUCCUCCAGAAGAGCGCCAACUGUCCGGCGGCGGCCACCAUCACCUCCACCACCACCUCCACCACCCAAUUCACCAGCUCGAACAUGACGAGCUUCGCCGCACCCCCGAACACGGGUCCAACUGUGGCGAGCUCCGCCGGACUCCCGACCGUGACGGAUCCAAUUGUGGCGAGUUACGCCGGAUUCCCGAACGUGACGGAUCCAACUGUGGCGACCUGCGCCGGAUUCACGAACGUUACUGAUCCAACUGUGGCGAGCUUCGACGGACUCCCGAACGUGACGGAUCCAACUGUGGCGAGCUCCGCCGGACUCCCGAACGUGACGGAUCCAACUGUGGCGAGCUACGACGGACUCCCGAACGUGACGGAUCCAACUGUGGCAAGCUCGGCCGGACCCGGCGCGGUGACAGAGGAAGCAGAGGACGCGGGGGACUACGUGGUGGACUUGUGCGUGGCCCUGCUGAGCUUCGGGGCCUGGGUCGAACGGAGCUGCUCUGAGCGGCUUUCCUUUGUGUGUUAUGAAGAUCGCUUCCCCGGCCAUGUCGACGUGACCGGGCUCACCUCUGAGAGUGCCGUUCUGACGUGGCUCCCCUUUCCCGGCACCAUCGACCACUACCGGGUUAAAGUCGAGGUCGGCGAGCGUAAGGUCAACCAGAUGGUGACCAACGCGACAAGCCUCAACCUCGCCGACCUGACGCCGGGAUCCCUCCACGCGGUGCGCGUGUUCCCGGUUAAGGGCCAGAGAGAAAAGCACCCGCAGCAGACCGCCUUCUACACCAGACCCAACAAAGUGGAGAACCUCGCCGCCGUCCAAGUGACCGAAACCAGCGUGGCCCUGAACUGGAGCAAACCGGAUGGAAACGUGGAACUCUACAGCGUCGAAUCCGAGGGCGUGGAGACGGGUCGAAGCCAAACGGAAGGCACCGUGGUCGUCAACUUGACCCCCGGGACGCUGCACACUUUCACCGUCCUCUCGGCGGUCAACGGCAGCUCCACCAGGAGCGACGAGUCCAGCGUCACAGCGUACACCAGGCCCGGGAAGGUGUCCGGCCUACAGGUGUCAGGGAACAAGCACUGCUCAGUGGUGCUGAAGUGGGUGGAGCCCAAGGGACACACCACCGGUUACAGAGUGAAGGCCACGACGGCUAGUGGUGAUCCUCCUAGCCUGCUGUUUAGUGGAAAUGUGACGCAAACGGAGGUGAAGGUGACGUCGCUGCCGCCCGGCACAAGGAUAAAACUCACCGUGACGGCCCUGACGAACCAUGACGCUCUGGAGGGAGACAACGUGACCAUCGACAGCUACACCACUCCCAAACCGGUUUCAAACCUGUCUUUGACCUCCACGCACAACACCCUCGAAGCCCGUUGGAGCCCGCCCACCGCGGAAUUCUUCACUGUGAGGCUGCUGCUGGAUGACGCGGUCGUGAACGAGAAAAACACCACCGGCCCCGCGACCACCCAGCACUUUGACGGACUGACGGCGGCAGCCAGUUACGCGGUGAACGUCUCUGCCGUUGUGGGAAAUCUGAGCAGCCUACCGGUGAAAGCCUCCACGUUCACCAGUCUGGUGCCGCCCACUGACGCCAGGCUCAAGUCCUUCGGCGAACACGCGCUCACCUUCGAGUGGAGCCCCCCCAAAAACAUAGCCAAAGUGAAUUACUCCGUCCAACUCCACUCCGCCUUCUGGGGCCACGACUUUUCUGAUGUGGUCAGCGCAACCUCCCACACGUUCAGCGGCUUGAACUCGGGCACCAAGUACGACUUUGAAGUGCGCAUCGUGGCGAAUAACCAGACAAGUGAUCCAGCGGUUGCUUCAGAUUACACCGUUGCCGUGGAGGAGGAGAUCGUCCUGUCCAUGAUGUGCUCCUCGGCUCAGUCUCUCCUCUGCGCUGAGACGGACACCCGGAACGGUGUAUUCAAAGAGUUAGAAGAACAUUUCAGGAAGCAUUUGGGGGACGGCGUGGUCUGGGAACUUAAGAAAGAACCUGAAAGCAAAGGAUAACCAUAAUAAUUUGUAUAAAUAUCAUUCUUGAUGCAAUUGGUGAAGGUAUUUUAACUGUUUUCUAUCUAGUUUUUUGUUUUUUUUGCCCUGUACGGGCCGCUCAGGAAAUGAAAUAUUAUGCCUUGUGUCAUUAGUAAAAAAAACAAUCUAGAUUUAAUUUCAAUCUAUUUUCAGCUUUAUUGAGCUGACUCUUGUCUUUUCUCCAUUUAUCUAACUAUGCACCAAUAGCAAAAAUACAAUGCUAAAAAAAAAAUUAUUAUACUUUUGAAAUUCAAUUCAAAAUCAUCAUAAGAAUGUAUUUUAUCAUGUUU